AAAAAAACAAGCAAAUCAUUAAUACAAUUUUCCAUUAGUGUAUAUAACAAACAAGAGACUAAUCUUUUCUUUAACAUUUCAUAGUAUUACAAAACAACGCCAAAAGUCAAAAGGUUUCGCUUUCUAGAUCAUGUCCACAUUUCUCCUAACAUGGAUUAUUAUGACCGUCGCGUUAAGCGUAACGCUUUUUCUUAUGCCGCAACAAACAAAUGCGGCUAGAGCGUUCUUCGUGUUUGGCGACUCACUCGUGGACAGUGGUAAUAACAAUUACUUAGUCACCACUGCUCGUGCCGAUUCUCCACCGUAUGGAAUCGAUUAUCCGACUGGUCGACCAACCGGUCGUUUCUCCAACGGCUUGAACCUCCCUGACAUCAUCAGUGAACAAAUUGGAUCUGAGCCUACAUUACCAAUUCUUAGCCCUGAACUCACUGGAGAGAAGCUAUUGAUCGGAGCUAACUUUGCCUCUGCCGGCAUUGGAAUUCUCAACGAUACUGGCGUUCAAUUUUUGAACAUACUAAGGAUCGGUAGGCAAUUCGAGCUGUUCCAAGAGUAUCAAGAGAGAGUGAGUGAGAUUAUAGGUUCAGACAAAACGCAACAGCUUGUAAAUGGGGCUCUCGUCCUCAUGACUCUCGGCGGCAAUGAUUUCGUCAACAACUACUUCUUCCCCAUCUCUACUAGAAGACGCCAAUCAUCUCUCGGUGAAUUUAGCCAGCUUCUCAUCUCCGAAUACAAGAAAAUCCUGACGAGUCUUUAUGAGUUGGGAGCAAGGAGGGUGAUGGUGACGGGAACAGGACCUUUGGGUUGCGUACCAGCGGAGCUUGCCUCAUCGGGAAGUGUGAAUGGAGAAUGUGCACCCGAGGCGCAACAGGCUGCAGCAAUCUUCAAUCCUCUUUUAGUUCAAAUGCUUCAAGGACUUAACCGUGAGAUUGGUUCUGAUGUUUUCAUCGGGGCUAAUGCCUUUAACACGAAUGCGGAUUUCAUCAACAAUCCCCAAAGAUUUGGUUUUGUGACGUCAAAAGUAGCAUGUUGUGGACAAGGAGCAUACAACGGGCAAGGCGUUUGCACCCCAUUGUCGACUUUAUGCUCUGACCGCAAUGCCUAUGCUUUCUGGGACCCUUUCCACCCGACCGAGAAAGCCACCCGACUCAUCGUCCAACAAAUCAUGACUGGUUCGGUUGAGUACAUGAACCCCAUGAACCUUAGUACUAUUAUGGCUUUAGACUCCAGAAUAUAAUUAAGGAUGCAAUCUUUUACAGAAUCUAUUUCCAGUUUUUCUCGUAUGAUAAAAUAUCGCGAGUCUGCCAAACAAUGGUAAGGAACUAAGGAUUCUAUUUUUCCAAAUUAUGGUUUUCUUAGUUUCUCUCUAAUGCUAAUGGGGAGUCUCUGUCUCGGCUCUGUCUUUUCUGUUAUGUUUCAAUUUUGUGGUUAGUUGCCACUUCUUUCUUACGAAGGCUUUAUAAAACUUUGUCAAUUUUACACUCUAUUUUCUUUAUAAAUACUUCGCACAAAUAUCAGUUGAAGUGUUUAUAUUUUCUAAGAUUAUGAGCCUACGAUAUAACGUAAACCGUAAGGUUUUGAAUGGCUAACAUCACUCCAUGUCGAAAGAAAUAUUUAUUACGUUUAAUAUCAUUGCUGAAGUGUGGACGUUUUCAAUAUUCAUAAUGACAUCAUCACCCUCGGCAUCAACUCUUUUGUCACUAUUCAUAGCCUACGUACUCCAUUUUUGGUGUCUUUGAUGGCUCCACAUGAGCAUACAUAUGGGAGCAAGCAAGGAAAUAUCAAUUUUUUGUAAUUUUUGUUUUGUUUUGUUUCAUCUACUAUCAUUUUCAAAGAAAUCGAAAAGAAAACCACUGCAGAGCCAAUAUCUAAAUGUUUAUUGAUGUUGUACUACACUCAGAGAGAUUUGCUUAAGAAUGAAGUUUACCUCAUUCUUCUUUUUGGAUGCUUUUGUUUAAACAAACGUACCAGUUUGCUCGUACAAAAU